CACUAUCCAAAACCUAGUUUAGUGAUUGGAACCGGGUCGGGUACACCGAGUCAACUCGGAUGGUUCGGAUAUCCGGGUUGUGAUCAUAGCCACCAGGAUGAAUGUGGGUGGGUCAACCCGUCGAUUAGUUCACCAUUGAUUCAUUCACUAUGCCAUGUGGAAUCGACCCAACGAAAUAUGUGUUAUACGGUUACGAUUAUGGCAAAAAUCAUGAAUGAAAUAAUUAUUAGUAAUGGUGACGCGCAUUAA